AUGCAGUCUCACCUCACAAGGCGGGUGUUCCAGGCGCUCAUAAACAACGAACCACUCAUUUUUUCGCGAUGCCGAAAUCAACUUUUAUACACGUCUCCCUCGAGAGUACGAUUGGGCCUGCCCAAUCUGACCUAUACAUCUCGGCGGACGCUUUUCGCCUUCAAUACAACCGCAAACGCAUCUGGCGAGAGCCUGCCCGAGAUACUGCCCUCAGAAAAGGGUCUAAAGCCCAUGACAGACUUGAAACAGUCUCUAGGGGACCAGAGCAGAGCACCUCCAAAUGAUAUCCUUGUCAAUGCAUUUCACCUGUUCUUCACCUCCCGAGUAGAGUCUCCGGCUGUGAUUAAUCUUUUUCAGGCGCGGCUGCUAUCCCUCACCUGGAAGCACUUGAAGGCACAACAAGAAGACUUGACGGAAAAGGAAUGGCAUGAUGUCCCGAUUCUCCCGGAAUGUCGCAAUACUAUACUCAAGCUUGCUCGCUUCGUCUACACCGAACUAUGCGAAGAUCAUGGCUUUGGGCCUAAUUCCAUAACACGCCCGGCACUCAUUCUCUACACCAACCUCCAGGCAAAUAACGGGAAUCCUGAGGAGGCUCGCCAUGUCCUAAUGAAAUUUGGCGGUCAAAUUCGUGGGGCCAAACCUUCGCCCUGGCUGGCUGUCCUCAAAGGAUACGCUGAGAAAGAUGACCAAUACAGCCUGCGGAAAGUCAGCCAGGAGCUGGAGAGCUACGGCGUCAAAUUUGACCAAGAAUCCCAUCAGGAGCUUGUCCACCUCUUAAUUUCGCAGGGCUCUUUUGAGGCUGCGAAACACGCAUAUGAAUGCCCCAUUGCUGGAAAUUAUGAGCCCUUGAUGGCCACCAAAAUCCUCACUAUCAAACAUGCGAUAUUGAAUUCAGAGGCUCCCUGGGCAGAGCCUAUCUUUGAGUCACUUCCCCAAGAUGUUCGCGAGACUGCUGGGAUUACUUUGUUAUGGCAGGCGGCACAUGGCAGCAGCGCGACCUCACUAAAACAGUGCGUCCAGGAAUGGACAGCAGGUGAACCCCGCAUCUCCCAAGCUCUGAAUAUUGGUGAUGUCAAUGCUUUGCUCCAAUACGCCAACAGUGUACGAGCUCCUGGGUUGGCCGAUGAGUUUUUCCAGCUGGCCGAGCACUGGCACCUUGCGCCUGAUGAGCAAACCCACAUUCUCCAACUAGAAUCAUUCGUUCAAAGGGGCGAUGUCGAACAGACGCUAGCUACACUGGAGAAUAAGGUUGAUUCAGCGAUUCUGGCAAGUGAGAAUUUGCCGUUGGCCAACAAGCUCAUCACCAUGCUUUGUCUCUCAGAGCAAAAAGAUGACCUCUUCCAACAAAUCUCAUCACUUCUGGACCCCCUAUUCCAAGAUAAUGUGCAGUUAGAAGCAGAAACGGUUGCGGCGCUCACGCGUAUGUUGCUUUACCGCCAUGACUGGGAUGCCGUUACUGAACUACUUCGCCCUCGUCUCGGAACCUUCGACAGUGAAGGCAAAACUCUGAUUCGCAUCUCCCUGACCGAUUUCAUAUUGGACAUGGGCCAGAGUGAUACGGACGCCUGGGAAGUUUAUCAAUUGCUCAAGCUAGCCUUUUCUGAGACUGGCGUUAGCGUGCGGACUGAGAUCAUGAGCGCCUUCUUUGAACGAAAGCGCAGCGAUCUUGGGGUCUUGGUAUUUGGUCAUAUGCGCCAAGCAGAAGAUUGGGCUGCUCGGCCCAAGCCCGACACUUACGCGCGUUGCUUCCAGGGAUUAGCUCGCACAGCUGAUGAGAAGAACCUGGAGCUGGUACACAAUAUGUUGAAACUGGAUCUCGGCGUUGAUCUGAAUACUCGAAUCCUUAACGGGCUCAUGUUAGCCUAUGCUGCCUGCGAGAUGCCGGAAAAGAGCAUGGCUAUUUUCCGGCAAAUUCUCCAGUCAGAUGAGGGACCAUCCGAGAAGACAAUCCCGAUCUUCUUCAAGGUCUGCCAGAACCACCCCGAUGGUGCGCAAGAAGCUCUCAAGAUGAUGGCCAAGGUCAAGAAACUGGCGAUCAACCUCGACCGCAGGCUUUACACCUCCUACAUCGAGGCACUCGCGGCUCAAGGAGAGUUUGACAUGGCCACGAGUGCCAUCGACCAGAUGGAAACCGAGACUGGCUUGCUGCCCACGAGCACAACAAUUGGUCUUUUCUACAAUGCAAUGCCGCAUCAGUACUGGAAAGAUGAGGUCGAGAAGUGGGCUCGUGAGAAGUAUCCGCAACACUGGGAGCAUCUGGCCCAGUUCUCCCGUACGGAACAUGAGGAAGGACCUAAGUUUGACGGUAUCACCAACGAAGUAAUAGGAGAAAUGGCGUCAGGACUUCUUUUCAACCCCAUUCGCCUGCUACAGGUUGCGCCUUUCGCAUCCAGCACAGGCACCCUCGUCCAUGCCACUGUGGAACUCGUUACCAACUCAGCCUUCCUACUCCCAAGCAUCCGCACCCAGUCCGACGCAAUUGUCCCAGCAUGGUAUGAGACGGUCUUUGGGAAAGGAGUAUUGUCUGUCCUGCUCCUCAACCUCACCACAAUCUCCACGGCAGCGGCCAACUUAUACCUUCACCGGCAACGAGGAGGUCUUCAAACUACACGGUUCUACUGGAUGGGCCUAGUAGGAGCAAUCGGCCAUCUGGCGUUCAUCCCCUUUGUGGCGGGCCCUGUGCAGCGAAUCAUUGAGAACAAGAGGUAUCGGGAGAGUAAGGGGGAGAAGGCAGAUGCGGCGGACUCGCCUACUGGGCAGAUGGCCCAGUGGCUGGCGGUUCACCGAGUACGAAUGCUGGUGGCGGAUUUGCCGGCCUGGAUCGCUUUCGUGGGGGCUGUAUUGACGCUGUAA